CCCCCCGCGCGCCCCUCGCCUGCAGCUCGCUGGGUCCGUAGCCGAGCAAGCGUCGCGCCGCCGGCAGCUCCGGGACCUCGGGCGCACUGAGGCAGGUGCGGGAACGUACGGGGCGAGCCCUGCGGACCCGCGGUGGGAGCCCGCGGCCCGAGGCCGGCGCGGGGCUGGGCCUCCGGGACCGGAGCAGGCGGCUGCGCAGGCAGGUGGGGGCCAGGCAGCCGGGCCCCGUGUCACCUCCGCGCUGCGGCGUCUGUGCUUCCGUUCGUUGCUGUUCCUGGCCCUGCGAGCUGCAGCCCCCUUGCCCUUUUAGGAACGCAGGUUUACCUCUUGAGAAAAUGGUAGAGGCGCUCUGAUUUUGGGGAGCACAAGCCAACCUUCAUACCGGUCUCUGUCUUUAAAAGCUCCCCCUGCCUUCUGGAGCUUCUCCCGAGUCUGAGCUCUCUGUGGCCUCCAGGUCACCACCUGUUGUAGGAUCCUGGUCUUGAGCACUAGUGGAGGAACCUGAAGUGGAAGGCCACCUCUCAAAACCCACCUCAGGCCACCCUUUCAUCAGCAUUCUCGUCAGGUGUGUCAAAAAUGGAUGCAAAGUUCAUCUACGAUUCAGAUGAACCCGUGAACAUUUGAAAGGUUCCCGAAGAGAGACAACCGCACGUAAAUGUCUUAUAAAGGAAGGCCAUCUAGUGUUUAAGGCUGAUGUGCAUGAGGUGAAAACUCAUGUUUGUGGGAAUGUGUGUAACCCAACGCAGUGUUCAUGGCUGUGGCUGCAUCAGACCCCAACCCUGAGCCAGCGAGGAAGCACCUUGUCUGUGAAUGUCUACUUCUUUUGUGGAAGAGCCAUGUAGAAAAGUGGAGAAUUCACACCGAAGGCAACACGUUACAUGGGGCUAUGGCCUGUUGAUUUUUGAGGAGGUGGGUGGGGCAUCCUUUUGGGAGUCAAGUGGCACCUGCUUGCUAAUUGUUGACUUUUCCUGUUAUGUCUCGCACCUUAAACGUCCUUCCCUAGACUCCCUCCAUCUCAUGAUUUCUAAAGUAGUAAUAAAACUUCGUCAUCUUGGUGAGAAGAUCAUUCUAGUAGCGCUAUCCUGUCACGUGGAGGUGUAGAGACCGCCUAGGAAGCCACUGUUUGCCUUAUCUGUACUCGGCUAAGACACCAGCACCAGCUGCACCUGGCCAGGAGUCUAGUUUCCUUGUGGGAAGUCUCGUGGAUUUGACUUGGCUGCUGCACCCCCAGGCAGGGACAUGGCUGCAGGGGACAUGGCCUCGACCCGGCUGGGGGCCGGGAGGCAGCACCUCCGUCCACUGAAGAGGAGGGGCUUGGUGCUGCUGAGACUCACGGCCAUCGUCUUUGCUGUGCUUCUCUUUUGUGAAUUUCUAAUCUAUUACCUAGUGAUCUUCCGGUGCAGUUGGCCUGCAGUGAAAACUCCUGCGGAUGCCGGUGGACUCGGGACCCCUGAGCCUGUGCUCAGGGCCAUGUUCUUGGCUGACACCCACCUGCUCGGGGCUGUGAGAGGCCACUGGCUGGACAAAUUACGGAGGGAGUGGCAGAUGGAGCGAGCCUUCCAGACGGCGCUGUGGCUGCUGCAGCCCGAAGUCGUCUUCAUCCUGGGAGACAUCUUUGACGAAGGGAAGUGGAGCUCCUCCCAGGCCUGGGCGGACGACGUGGGGCGCUUCUGGAAGAUCUUCCGACACCCGCCCCAUGUGCAGUUGAGGGCCGUGGCUGGCAACCAUGACAUCGGCUUCCAUUACCAGAUGAACACAUACAAAAUAAAACGAUUUGAGAAAGUUUUCAGCCCUGAAAGGCUGUUUUCUUGGAAAGGAAUUAACUUCUGUGUCCCAGGGACACAGUCGCCAGCGGACUGCACAGGUGGCCCAUGGCUGAUCUCCUGCCCUUGCCUCAGUUUCGUGAUGGUUAACAGCGUCGCACUGGAAGGGGACGGCUGUGACAUCUGCUCUGGAGCAGAGGCUGAGCUCCUGGAAAUCUCUCACCGGCUGAACUGCUCCCGGGAGGAGCAUCGCCCCCAAGAGUGUGGAGACGGGCAACGGCUGCCGGCCUCGGCCCCCAUCCUCCUGCAGCACUUCCCGCUUUACCGGAGAAAUGACGCCAACUGCUCCGGGGAGGACGCGGCACCCCCCGACGAGAAGUACACCCCCUUCAAGGAGCGCUAUGAUGCGCUCUCCCAGGAGGCCUCGAGGAAGCUGCUGUGGUGGCUCCGGCCGCGCCUGGUCCUCAGUGGCCACACGCACAGCGCCUGCGAGGUCCUGCACGGGGCCGGCGUCCUGGAGGUCAGCGUGCCAUCUUUCAGUUGGAGGAACAGAAACAACCCCAGUUUCAUCAUGGGCAGCGUCACGCCCACAGAGUACGCCCUUGCCAAGUGCUACCUGCCCUGCGAGGACACGGUUCUGACCACGUACUGCACGGCGGCCGGGGGCCUCAUGCUCCUUACGUUAGUCCACGCUGGGCUUGUAGCCUCACCUUUUCAUUUCGGUUGGAACAUGCUCAGAAAAUUUAAGACCACGUGAGUAGCAGGAGACGUUCUGCACUUAGUAGUAAGUCCCGAAGCCAACGAAACUGAAUUUUGGGCAGUGCUUACGGAGGGCGAGACCAAAGUGGGCCAUGGGCACAGCUCAUAGGAUCUGGGUUGCUGGUGCAGAGUCCUGCAGAAUCAAUAGUUGAUUGUGCUGUUCUCACGCUGCAAAAAUGGGACUUGUCUCUACAGCAGGUCUGUCUUCUCGUUUUAUCAAAUAUAUGUGUAAUCAAAGAUUGUAUAUGUACAGUGUGUAAAAGCUAUGAAUGUCAUCACUUGCAUGCACUAGACAGCCUUCCUUCCCCAAGACGGAGGGUUAGCUGUUCACAAAUGCUGGGUUUGCUUCUGUCCUCCUAUGAGUAGUUCUCAAGUUCUUAUAUUUUAUAAAACUGUAUACUUAAAAUAAAAUACAGAUGCUACAAGCAGGAAUACAUUGUUCUCAAGACUUCUGUAUUUCUGUGCUAAAUUAAUGGAAUCAGAUUUUUAUUAAUUUAUUUUUUUUGGCCACGCCACGCGGCAUGCAGGAUCUUAGUUCCCUGACCAGGGAUCAAACCCGUGCCCCCUGCAGUGGAAGCACAGAGUCUUGACCACUGUACCGCCAGGGAAGUCCCUGGAAUCAGAUUUUUAGAUGAGUGUAAUGUUCUCUCCAGCAGACCAAGUUGUUAAAUUUGAAUUGAAUGCCUGUCAGUGAUCAAAAGAAACUUGAAAAAUGGACAAGGAAGAGGCUUUUGGUAUUUGAAAAUAAAUAUGCCGUGGUAAUUUUAAACCGGAUAAAAUGUAUUCUUUUUGUGUUUUUUUCCGUAAGAGUCUGGCUCUUCAAUCAGACUUUUAAAUAGGAAGUUUAGUUACAGCGGAAUUGUUGAAUAAUAAUGCAUGUAAAAAUAUACAACUUCAUUUUUUUUUGGGUGUAUGUGUGGGGCUGUAGCUCUUCAGAUUUUCAUGUUUUACUUUGAAAAUGCAAUGGAAACUGAAAAUCAUUUCCACUUCAUAUGUCUCAGUUCAACUGAGAGUUUUAUGAAAUAAUCAAGGAUGACAGGAACAGGAAUUCGAUGAUAAUGAAAUUAAAAAAAUGUGAUGGUGCAUUGUCUGUAAAGUUGUCAUCCUUUAUUUCAUGGAAGAGCAGUAUUUAAAUGUGGAUGAGUUUACAAAGGAUUAUAAGAUGCUGCUUUAAAGAGUAAACUUAAAACUAUUAAAGACUAAAAGACGAAACGGAAGUUAAUGCAGUAACGCAGGCUAGGCUGCCCCAUCUCUGCAUUUGUGUCGUUGAAAUAUAACCUUGGGACAAUUUAAAAGAUUGUCUUUGACCUGAGAAAACCGCCCUCAAGGCCAUGGAUAGACAGAGAACGGCUUUCGAGGUCUUGAGCUGGAUGUAACUCAUGAGGCUGCAUUUGCAAGUCUUUCAAGGUUGAGAAAUAGCCAUGUAUUUUGACUUUGUAUUUCAAAUAAAGGUUUUGUAAUGUUUCUUCUUCAAAAGGCAAAUCACGUUCUAUCCUUUGAUUCUCCAAGGCCAGACACAAGCCUGGAACCCUUGUCUUUUUCUCGCUCUUUGUUUACGAUGAGACCUGUGGUCAAGUAAGUGGUUCAAAAACUUUGACUAAGGGAAUGGGUGACCUUGGAAAAGUCUUUAAAUUGCCAGAUAAUUGAGAAACGUGUUUUCUGGAGAGAAAAAAUCCUU